AUGGCCAUUGAAGAACUGGUAGACGCAGAUCUUACUGCUGAUCUUCCCACUUCUACCAAGACUGCUGGCUUCCGCUACCGCGAGACUUCGCCAACCUCAUUCGGCUUGACAGCACGCGAUAUUCUCUUUGCAGACGACAAUGCGCUCAACGAAUACGCUGGUCUCAAGAAGUUGGCAACCUGGCGCGAUGAGGACAAGAAGAAGAAGGAUAAGAAGAAGCUCGGCAAGAAGGCUCGUCUACGACAAUGGCGCAAAGAAACAUUUGGCAACGAAGAAGGCUUCACUGGUGGGUUCAAGGAGUUCUUGGGUGAUGCAGCCCCUGCUCAAGGCAAUGAAGACAACCAAGGUGGAAGCAGAAAGAGAAGAGGAAAGAAGCGCAAGGCUGAAGCUUGA